UUGAGUGGAUGGAGCAAGAGAGCUCCACCACGCCUGGAAGAUUUUAGGGAUGCGCCAUUACCACGAAUCGUGAUCGUGAGGAGCAGCCACUCCAGGUAAUCUAGCAAUCCCCAGCGCGAUGAGGACCGGGAGCUCUUUCUUGUCUGGUUAUUUCACGCUGCCUAGCAUCUGGAUCCCGGCUGCUACUGCGCCUAGCACUCUAGAUCCACUGCUCCAAGAGAAGGGAGAAUCCAAUUCCACCGAAGAAGCAAAUAGUGACAAUGGGGAGGCUAGAAACGAAUCGAGCUUUCCAUUGACGAGAUUGGAAACCAUGGCUGUGGUGGCGCUCUUCACCGUCUUUGUUGGUGGGCUCAUAGCAAUCUUCUUGACGAUGCCAGACGCCGACCGGGACGUCUUCAAGCUUCCUCGGACCUUGGAAGAGCUUCGAAAGCUCACGGAGUAUCUUUCUGUCUAUGCCCAAGAUCAUACGCUGCAAGUGCUGCUCGGCUAUGUCGUGAGCUACGUUUUUCUCCAGACUUUCAUGAUCCCGGGAACCAUCUUGAUGUCGCUGCUCGCGGGGGCGCUCUUUGGCGAGUACUACGGCCUUCUUCUCGUGGUUUCCACGGCCACCGCGGGUGCUUGCUCGUGUUACUUCCUCUCCAAGCUUGUUGGAAGGCCACUGCUGAAUUGGCUGUGGCCGGACAAGCUCGCCUUCUUUAGAGACGAGGUAGCGAAACGCAAAGACAAGCUUCUCAACUACAUGCUCUUCCUGAGAAUCACUCCAACGCUUCCAAACACAUUCAUCAACGUCGCGUCUCCGAUUGUAGAUAUUCCAUUCGACACGUUUUUCUGGGCUACCGCGAUCGGUCUCGUCCCCGCCGCGUUCGUCACGGUCCGGGCCGGAUUGGCACUGGGUGAACUCCAAUCCCUGCGAGACCUCUACGACUUGAAGACAAUCGCAACACUCUUCUUUAUUGGCCUCGUCUCGAUCGUCCCGACUGUCUUUGCGAGCAAACCGACGGAACAAGAAAAGGAAAACUCCUGACAAGUCACGAUUGUUUCCAUUCUUUUCUUUGUAAAUACACCAAUUGCCAUUGAUCGCUCUAUAAAAACCA